GAAUCCUCACGGGAUGGAUGUGGCUUUUCAAUAUAUCACUGAGAGAAGUAGAAAGUGACGAGAAAGCCUGAUAGCGCAUUUGGGAGAGGGAGAAAUCCAGAGACCAAAGGUAAAGCGGAAGGAAAUUCUGUCACGUGGCAACCAACUUCAAAAAGAAGAGGAAACAACCUUAUACAUGAAAUAAACAACCCAAGAAAGUGGAAUAUCCUCCACAGUGACAGGAAGGACAGCCCAUUCAGCUAAGGACAAGCAAGACGUCUUAGCAAGAAAAGGGGCUGAGGGAGCAGGGAGGCAAAUUUGGCAUUCUGCUUCUUUCAAUUGUAUCAGAGACUGAUUUGAGAGCUACCUCUUGUUGUUGCUGUCAGCUGCUCCAAUGCUGGAUCACAGAGCUAGGAUGGACAGCUCCAAGAAGGAGAAGGUGGAACAAAUCUUGUCGGAAUUCCAACUACGAGAAGAGGAUCUGAAAAAGGUGAUGCGCCGGAUGCAAAAGGAAAUGGACCGAGGGCUAAAGCUAGAGACUCACGAAGAAGCCUCUGUAAAGAUGCUGCCCACUUACGUACGGUCUACCCCUGAGGGAUCAGAGGUUGGAGAUUUUCUAUCUUUGGAUCUUGGGGGAACCAAUUUUCGAGUUAUGCUGGUAAAAGUGGGUGAAGGUGAAGAAGGACAAUGGACCGUGAACACAAAGCACCAGAUGUAUUCUAUCCCAGAAGAUGCCAUGACAGGAACAGCUGAAAUGCUCUUUGAUUAUAUCUCAGAAUGCAUCUCUGACUUCCUAGACAAACAUCAGAUGAAACACAAAAAGCUACCUCUGGGUUUCACUUUUUCCUUCCCUGUACGGCAUGAAGACAUUGAUAAGGGGAUCCUACUGAACUGGACGAAAGGCUUCAAAGCGUCAGGCGCAGAAGGGAACAAUGUUGUGGGGCUUUUGAGAGAUGCUAUCAAACGGCGAGGGGACUUUGAGAUGGAUGUGGUUGCAAUGGUCAAUGACACAGUGGCAACAAUGAUAUCCUGCUACUAUGAGGAUCACCGAUGUGAAGUUGGCAUGAUAGUGGGCACAGGUUGCAAUGCUUGUUACAUGGAGGAGAUGCAGAACGUUGAGCUGGUGGAAGGGAAUGAAGGCCGAAUGUGUGUAAACACUGAAUGGGGAGCCUUUGGGGCAUCUGGAGAACUGGAUGAGUUCCUCUUGGAGUAUGAUCGUGUGGUGGAUGAGACCUCGCUUAACCCCGGUCAGCAGCUGUAUGAGAAGAUCAUAGGAGGGAAGUACAUGGGUGAAAUUGCACGAUUAGUUCUGCUAAAACUUGUUAAUGAAAACUUGCUGUUCAAUGGAGAAGCUUCGGAGAAGCUGAAAACUAGAGGGUCAUUUGAAACACGUUUAAUUUCCCAAGUUGAAAGUGAUCCUGGUGACCGUAAGCAGAUCUACAAUAUUCUGACAUCCUUUGGGCUAUUGCCCUCAGCAACAGACUGUGACAUUGUUCGUAUGGUAUGUGAGAGAGUUUCAACACGGGCUGCACAGAUGUGUUCAGCGGGGCUGGCUGGUGUCAUCAAUCGUAUGAGAGACAGCAGAAGUGAGGAGACACUGAAGAUCACUGUAGGCGUAGAUGGUUCAGUCUACAAGCUCCAUCCCAGCUUCAAAGACCGAUUCCAUACAACAGUCAGACAACUUACACCAGGCUGCGACAUCACAUUCCUGCAAUCAGAGGAAGGCAGUGGCAGAGGAGCCGCUCUCAUCUCGGCAGUAGCAUGCAAAAUGGCCUGCAUGAUUGGCCAGUGAACUGGCACUGGCCACGGACCAUGGAAAGGAAAGUGCCUGCCUGGGACACAUCUCUUCUGUCCAGGGGCCUGACUGAGUUGUUGUUUUAGAGGGUGCAUGGAGCUGAACCAGCGGAAGGAAGGUUUUCCUGGGGUGGGGGGACACGGGACGGGGAAGGGAGUAACACUGGGUUUCUCCUAACCUCUACUAGUAGAUGAUAAAAUAAGCAUUCGAAACCACAGCCUUUCUGUCCUUAAAACCUUCUCCACUACAACAGAGUCUGUGGGGACUUCAGUUUAUGUAAUAAGCUGUUUUGUGUAGUUUUUUGUGGGUGGGACAGUGCAGGAGAGAUGGAAAUUGAAUACAUGAUAUGUGAGGUUUUUUUCUUCCUUUUAUGGUAUGCUGAAAACAGGAAUCUGGGCAAAAUGAUUGGCACAAAGUACUGUUUUCUGCCAGGGUGUUCCAUCAAGGUGUGAUUUAAGGCCAAAAUAUAAGAAUGUGAGCACCUUGUCCAAUCCUGAUAUCUGUCUUACCAUAUUUCAGGGACGGAGGUAAUGCAUCUUAUUACCAGAAGAGAAGGGGGCAUAGGAUGAAUUAUGCUAGGACAGGCAUGGGUAAACUUUGGCCCUCCAGAUGUUUUGGACUUCAACUCCCACAAUUCCCAACAGCUGGCUGGGAUUUCUGGGAGAUGAUGUCCAAAACACCCGGAGGGCCAAAAUUUGCACAGGGCUGCUGUAUAUGAAAGGUCAGAGAUCUUAAACUGCACACUACAUAUGUAAAUUAGUGUGGAGUUUAUAAAUGAGGGCUGAUACAGACAUACACUGUGCUUUGUACACAUGGUUUGUACAUAGCUAGCUACACACAAUUUUGGAUUUAGCACAUUUGAGACAUGCCUUAGUUCAGCCCUCUGACAAAUUCCAUCCCAACCUCUCUGCUCUUGAUUCCUGGCCAUGCAUUUAUUUGACUCAAGACACUCUCUCUUACUGCUGCCAUAAGAUUGUUUAUUUCCUUCUAAUUCCCCCCUUUUAUCCUGUUCAUGGAUCCCAGGGACCCUUUUGUAUUAAAAACAACAAGAAUUAAAAAAUGGCAAAACUCAA